UCCCUCCCUCCCCUGGCACCACGUGUCUCUCUCCCCGGGCUGGGCCUGCCCCGGGGCGGGGGCGCCAACGUCAUGCCGUUGCCCCGGGAGACGGCAGUAACAAUUGCCCGGCCGGGCUAGUGCCGGUGGGCGGCGGGACGGGCCGGAGCGAGGGCAGGUGCUGCAGGCUUCUGGGUGGCCUCUGCAUACUAAGAUGCAAGCGCUCCCACGACAACAUCUAUAAGCCAUUACACAUUCCAGGGAGGAGGCCUUUGUCAGCAAGGAGGGGGAAAAAUGAAUGAGGUGAAGGAGAGUCUGAGAAACAUAGAGCAGUACUACAAACUCUUCCAGCAGCAGCAGUUUACAUUUGUCGGAGCACUGGAACACACCCGAGAGAAUGCCCAUGACAAGAUCAGGCCUGUGGCAAGCAUUGGACAGGUGCAGAGCUACAUGGAGCACUACUGUAACAACGCCACCGACAGGCGCAUCCUCCUCAUGUUCUUGAGCAUCUGUGAAGAUCUGACCAUGCUCUGUCAGAAGCUAGAAGCUGUGCACCCUGGUAACAGCAUCACAAACAGCAUUUUGGAAAAAUGCAAGGUGCUUCUCAGCCACAGCAACAACCUGAGCAACAUUCGAGCCAAGUACCCCCAUGAUGUGGUGAAUCACCUGAGCUGCGAUGAAGCAAGGAAUCACUACGGAGGGGUGGUGAGCCUCAUUCCUAUAGUGACAGACUACAUGAAGGAAUGGAUGGCCCAUGCUGAGAAGCUACCUCGGCACGUCCUGCAUGACGUGAGUGACCAAAGGGCUGGUUCUCAGGUGAAAGCACGGCAGGAGGCAUCAGCAAGGGCAGUGGCUCUCCCAGGUCUGCCUCCUGCUUCCCACGUGGCCACUCAGACUUUGGUUAGUUGCAGAAACCGUGCACAAGACCAGAGAAGUAAGGAUGGUAAAAAGCACUUGAGACCAGGGAGUCACACUGGGAGAUUUCUCAAUGGUCCCUGGAAGCCACCUGGUAAACACUCCUUUUAAAGAGCCAAAACUUCUCUCCUAUGCAUAGCAGGGCUGAUUAUAUGUGGUCUCUAGUAUCCACUUCAGUCAUUCCCUUCCCUUUUUUAACCCAAGGUCUGGAUGGCUCAUCCUGAAGUCUUUUGAAGCAGAUAACCUACCCUCCUCCUCUGAUUCAUCCCCUGCUUCCUCUUUCCAGGAAAGCCACAUCUCAAUAGAAUGGCAUCACAUAUUCCCCCUUGAAAGGCCUGGUGGCAAGAGUAGGGGAUGCACUCAGGACUAAGCCACAUUUUCACUUUCACAGCUGCUGUGUAGUGAGCAAGUCACUUGAGGCUCAAUGCACACAAUUUCCUAUCAAAUAUUUUGGGGUUAGUAGGAAAUGGGUCCCUAACACAAAGUUGCAUGUUAUCCCAAGCAUAAGCCCAUAGCAUUGUCUCACCCAGUGAAGAUCAUGGGCCAAACGGUCUUCAGUUGCACACGGUCCAUUUCUUGACCUUCAGUGGGGAUGCAGAGGUGUCCCUGAGGACAGAAUUUGAUCCUGCAGUUGAAGUGUGGUUAGUUGAUGGAACCCGAUAUAAGCCAGCUCACUCUUCUAGAGCUGCAAUAGUCCAGCAGGGCUAACAGGAGACAUUAUCACUAUAGCAAUGCAUGAGACUCCAGAAGAGAAAGCAGAUUUGCUCAUUUUCAUCAUAUCUCUGCAAAACAGAACAGCGCUUUAAGGUCUCUGUGCCUCUGCUUUUCUUUCUGUAACAAGGCCAUGGUUUACCUGGCUCACAGGGCUUUUUGUAAAGCAUGGUUUAUUAACAGUUGUAAGGUAUUUGAGAUCAGUCAAUGGUAUAUAGAAGGGUAUAAAUCAUAGAUGUUCUGCAGAGGCCAAGGAGCCAGCUAAUUUUCCAAAGCCAUGUGAUAGGGGCCAGUCUGCUCCUAGGCUUUUUUUCCCUUAGAGCCGCCACUUAAGAGUUAUUGGUAUUGCUAAAGCACUGCUAGUGAAGUUCUUAACAUGAUCACCACAGCACAAUGUCUAAUUUCCCUGCAUCUGCUUGCUCUUUUCCCCUUCUACAGGCCUAUUAGCUCCUGCUCUCCUUGCCUCCUGCCAGAAGACACACCUGAAUAAAACCAUUUCCCUUGCAUGCAUGGCUCUGUUUGCCAAAAUGAUAGGAGUGCUUUUACCCUAAGGUGAUUAGAUUUUUGCAACAAGCAUCAGCUGAGACAGGAAGGUUGGACCAGGGAGUGGCAGGAGGAAGUAGCAAUGUAGAAAGAUUAGGGCGCAACUACAGGUAAACCAUCAUUCCACCUUUUCUGUCAUGCUCAGUUCUCCCCAUUUUCUGUCCCACAGACACUUGACCAGCUUGGAGCUGGAAGGAAUAUCUUCAGCAAACUUUAUUUUUUAGGACAAAGAUCCUGCUCAGUUGAAAUGAGCUGGAAUUCUAAAAGAAGAGGAGGUAGAGGCUGUUCAGCAGACAUAGCUGCUAAUGGGAUGCUAGGAAAAAAAAAAAUCAGCCUGUCCAACUUGGACUAUGUAAUAAUUGCUGUGCCAUAGAGGUGGCUUAAGUUGGGGAGGGGGAAAAAAAGCAAAGCUUCUAAAAAGCACUGAUUAGAAUAUAAAGGUUGAAGAAGUGGGGGGGGGAGGGGAGGAGGAGAAGGAGAAGAUGGAGCACUGCUGAGAGAGGCAAGGUGGGUAGGAGAAAGAAAAAAAAAAGUAGCUGAUCCGUUGAGGGACAUAGAGGUCACAAAAGCUAAUCCAGGUAAUGGGAUAAGAAUCCAUAGUCUUCUUGGAUACUCCAUACUUAACAAUCCAGUCUGUGGAUGAUUUCUUGUUCUGCCAUUUCCUGUUUAAGUUACUUUUAGAAGGUUUUUUGUCUAAGUUUUGUUGUCCACUCGGAGUUCAGCAAUGGAAGUCCAGGGAGGUUAAAGUGUUCAGCCAAAGACUUGUGCGUCUUCCUAGAAUCAAUGUAAAAUACAUUAGGACAGCCACAGCAGGUGUCACCUACCGGGCAUUUCACAAUUGGCAACUAACUUUCAUGAGUGGGCAAAUAUCUUACCUCCCUUAGAUGGGCAAACUGGGACACAGACUUACCAAAUGACUUGCUCAAAGCCACAGAAGUAACACUAGAACUCUAUUAAUUGCUCCCUGUGCUGUGCUCACACCACACCUAUAUUCCUUUAACAUCUGAAAACUGUUUUAUUUUUUUUUAACAAUCUUCCAGGUGGCAUAAACUUGAAACCUUGGGUUAUUACCAAAUUUAUCACAUUAAUCUGGGAGAUUAUAUUAACUUGCUCUGCUUACCUAUUAUGCAGGUAACCCAACUGUAUUGAUGUAGUUAGAUUACCUGUAUAAUAGCCCCCUCCUAGGUCUCCCUCAAAACUAUGGUGCCCAACAGCUUAACUCAGCAGGCCAUUAUGAUUUGACAGAGAUCCUGAUAUAUGCAGGAUCUCAGAUCUUUGUACAAAUGAUCAACUCCAAAACUAACUUCCCUCCAUCCUCAAAACCACUCCUACACACUGAAAACUCAUCAAGGACCCUCGCAUAAGAAACAUGUCACUGUAUAACGACACGUUAUGCAUCAAGUUUAACAUGACAGCGGUCUCAAGGCACAUCUCAAAAAAAGUACUUGCCUGAAAACAAUUCACGCAAGGUCUCUGUACAAUGGAUGAGGAUCACAUGAAAGAUCAAAGCUUGAUAGGUUAAUGCAAAAAUCCUUCUUUAAAAAUUUAGCACCAGCCUUAGCUAUGGAGAGAAUGUACCAUCUUUUCAUCAUCCAGUUAAUGGCUUUAGGAAUUUAACACAGAAUUGUAGUAAAGUUCAGCUUUAACUUGAAACUUGGAAGACAAAAAAAGCAGCCUGGCAGGCAGCCAAACUAACUUACCUGACGAUCUCUUAGGAAGCAACUGACAAACAAAGCUUCCUUGCUUUUCCUGUGAAAGACUGAAAUACAGAUACAAGCCAGCUAUAUAGGAUUCCAAAACAAUUCAGCUGCAUCUCAACUAACAAGCUACUCAAAUGCUACGACCUGACUUAGACAGGGGAAGAAAAACAAAAAAGGCUUUUGUCAACCAGUAUACAAAUCUAAAUGCUCUUUACGUUGAAGACUUGGUUUUUAAUGUGUUUAGGAUUUGAGACACAGGUAUAGAAGCAGGAUCCUGUUGGGUCACAAAGAGUUGAGGUAGAAGUACCGUUGUCAGCUGGAGAAAGUCAGAGUUGGACUGGACUUUGAAAGCCGUCAAGAUGACAGUAGAGAAAAACUAGCAGGGAACUUACAGAAAGCACCUCAAAAGCAUAGUUUAGAAUGAGGUGGCAGAGUCAUGGAGGCCUCUAGUGGUCAGGUUUUCAAAGCAGCUUUCAAGGAAGCAAAUAGAAACAAACCAGCCUGUAGACAGCAGCUCAACAGGGAAAGCCAGGUGUGUAGAAAGGAAUGCAAGAGGAACCAUGAGUUCGGAGGAAAGCUGCAGUAACUGUGGACUGGGAUUAAUUUCUGAUCAGGGUUCCUGCAAAGUUCAGCCCUUAGUUUGAAUGUAAAUUCAGAAGGUAGCUGGAUAAUUCACUACUUGCUCAUUUCCCAGGUUAUUCGGUAAAAUAGCAAGUAUCUUUUUAAAAACCAGGCCAUUGCACCAAUAAGUUGAAGUGGGUGAAAUUAUAAAUCAGGAUUCAAGGAGCAAUACUUUCUCAGUUUCAGGAAAUGAAAUGAAAUGAAAUGAAUAAUUUAGUCCCGCCUACCUACUGUGCAAAGUGUUUAUUAUUCAUGGUUGUGUUUAUGAGAUACUGAGCAUCCUGCUUAGCAUUAGUAAGGAAGGAAGAUGCUUUGUAUUUCUCUUUUUGUACCUUUGUGGCAUUACUUCUGCAAAUAAUGCUCUGUUUUCCAUGCUAUGAUAAAACGCUAAAAAAAGUGAAAUCAAAACUCUUGGUUCUGGCUUUUGUCCAGUUGUAAAAUUCACUUCAACGCAGGAAGGCCCAAAUGACAUCGUCAGCAUCACCUAAACCCCACCAAUUGGGUUCAAAAAGUGUUUACUUAGGGGAGUGAAAGGCUUUGCAUCGACUUGGGAAAGUUCAUCCCUAAAUAAAAGUUUUGGGGAAGAAAUAUCACAGCGCUUCCCUCUCACUUUACCUCUCCCCCUGUGCAUUUAAAAAAAAGUGCCCGAGGAUAAAAAUUAAAAUUUUUAGCAUGAACUGUACCACUGAAGAUUCAAGUUUGAAGAACGGCUAUUUUCAAGUUGUAUUUGUACAGUUCCAACAGUGUUACGGGGGCACCAUUCAGUCUCCAAUACCACACUUUUUGCAUAUGUGAAGGUUAUUCCUUGUAUUGGAGGUUAAUCGAGGCUGUCUGCUGGUUCUUGGAGUGGACACAAUUUCAAGGGUUGUGCACGCUUCUUGUAAAUGUCUCCUAAAGGAAUGUGCGUGGACACAGCCUUACCAAAUAGCAUUAAGUGCCACAAUUCUAACUAGACAUCCAAUACAAAAAUCAGAUAUUUUAAAGAUGGGUAGCUAUACAGCCACUUGAUUUUACCUAGCUCAUUUUCAGAAGAUACCUACAACUCCUUUGCUACUUUUCAAGGUGAUGAUGACUUCACUCAUACUCAGUUUCUUUGGGAAGGCAAGUACAGCUUCCCCAAAGCUGCCAUCUGGAAUAAAACAUUUCCUUUAAGCAGGCUUUGUGGGGACGAUGGUACUUUGAGCUGCUGCGAUUCUCCACUAUCAAUGGUUGUUUGAAGGAUGAACAGCACUCAGACCGCACUCCUAUCACCCAGACCAAAGGGUAAUAACCUUAUGGAAAUUAGUUCAAUAUGCAGACUGCUUGCAGGUAAGCUCAUUGCUCACAAACACAUUUUGCUAGCUUACCUUAGAAAUGAGAGGUUUCCAAGACUUAAAAUGACAUCCAAUUUCUGUAUUAUUCAGUUAUGUCAGCAUGAAGGCUAUUUUGCACAAAAUGAAACACAUUUGCUUAUAUAGGACACUUCUGUUGUGUAACGCCCAUACUAAAGACACUCUUGUCUCAGAAAGGUGCUUUAAAUACUCCUCUGCUUUGUGCAAAGCUCAUGUUGACUCGGUGCAGAGCACCAUCAAUGCUCUGCUCACAAGGGCCAGCCUGCAGAGAGCUCAACACAAAGUAGUGCAAAACAAUACAUUUUUAUUUGUUCACAGUUAAACACAAGCAACUGCCUUGACAUUUUAGAACAUUCUAAUAAGGACAGCAAAACCUCCUUUUGGUUUAGGUUCUCUUUAGCUUAGAUUGUACCAUUUUUCCUUGCAUUUCAUAUUUAUGGCAUUUAAUGUGGAUUGUUUAACAUGCUUACAAAGAGCGAGGCAGGGAACAGAUCAACUUUCGACAAUGACAGCAUCUUUAGAUUUAACUAAAAGCAAUCAGUUAAAAAAAAAAAUCUGUUUCCACUUCACUGAUGGAAUCCCUUUAAAUAAACUGCAAGUUAACUACAUACAGCAGAUCCAUGAUUUUAGAUUUACAAAACAAUGGCAAAAAUUUGUUCCUCCAUAAUCUCUGUGGUCCAUAGAUAAACCGUAAAAGUGGUUUCCAAUACCAUGCCAGUGCUAAAACCCUUUUAAAAUACAAAAGGGCCACCGACUGAUGAGCUUAUGGGAACGCAAGGACAGUUUUGCUACUACACAACAAAAACAGCCCUGCAACCAAAAAGUGAAUCGCCAUGUAGCAGCCUAGUCCACAAACACUCUGAGAAAUGAAAAGGAUGGUCUAGUGGAUUCCUGUAAAAGCUGCAUCCAGUUGCUGAGCCAGCCCUUUCAAGGGCCAUGUGCAAACCAUUUGCUUUUGAGGGACCAGAACUUGGUAGGGGCGAGGGGAAGAAAGCCUCCAAAUCUGCAUAGAAUCCUUUUCUACUGCAGCAAUCAUGCAAUCUUAGUCUACAGACUUGUCAGCAGAACUAGUCUGUCACGUACCACGGACCUCUGUUUUCUAUUCCACGCACAUUCGCGCUUUGACACUGCCACUGAAAUUCACCUUCACUUUCAGAGUUAGGACUGACUCAUUGAGUAGGGCAUUCAGUAUAAUGUUAAUGUCAGAGAGGCUGAAAUGUAUUUUAGACCUAGGAGUUCUGGGAGAGGUGGAAACACAAGGGAGGUACUGUCAGGGUCACAGGAAGAAAGCAGCUCUGUUUCUCAAGCUAGCAGAAUGCCAGCCUUCUUUGACAGGUUCUGUCCCUAUUUAGAGGUUAAGAAGGGGUUAAGCUACUAACACUAAGACAAGUGACAUUAUUUUUAUGGGGAGGGGAGGGAGGGAAGAGUCUUAAAAACACCUGCUGUCCACAUUAAGCAUUUAAGAAAAA